AAAAAAAAUUGGUGGUGGCAGAAAGAAAACAAAAAAAAGAAGAAGGCAGUUGCUUUUGGGAAGGCCAUGGCGGCGUGGCAGAGCUGUAAUUCUGCGUCUUUAAUGCAAAAUUGAAGAAGCCGAUUUAUCAUCCAUCUCUUAAAAAACCCCUCUCUUUCCUCUCUCUCUCUCUCUCUCUCACAAAAGAUAAAACCAUCGAUCCAUUCCAACUCCAUAAUAAUUAAAAACCGCCUCUUUCUCUCUCGAGCUAGCUUAUUGUUAAAUUCUCCACAUGCAAAAACUCGGCAGCGGUACGAUUGUGUCUGAUUCGGCCAGAAAUCAGAAGCUGUCUGCCUCAAAACCCACAUUUCUACACUCCCAAAAACAGCAACAAUUAAAGCGUGCUGCUUCCUUAUCAAGGCUAUGGACGCUGCCCAAUUAACCACCGCAAACGGAACAGCAACAUGGCCGGCUUUUUCUCACUAGGAGGCGCCGGCGCCACCACCCGCCCCGAUCAACAAUCCACCACCACAAACAACAACCACCCCGAAAACUGGUUCUUAUUCCGGAAUGAAGAGAUUCCUUCUUACAAGGGUUUCGAGCUCUGGCAGCCCCAGCCCUCGAAUCCCCCCCCGCAGCAAGCGGAGAAUUUCCUGCAGCGGGGUGAGGCUGUGAGAAGUCAUCACCACCCGCUGCAGGAUCUGUACGAUUCUGCAGGGGGGCUGGCGGUGGGGCCCAGCCGGGGAGGGGGAUUCAGCAUCGGCGAUGAGCAAUCGCCGAGAUCGGGGUUCCUGAUGAUGAGGAGCGGCGGGGGAGGAGGGGUCAGCUGCCAGGACUGCGGGAACCAGGCGAAGAAGGACUGCUCGCACAUGAGAUGCAGGACUUGCUGCAAGAGCCAAGGGUUUCAGUGCCAGACUCACGUGAAGAGCACGUGGGUCCCCGCUUCCAAGCGAAGAGAGCGACGACAACAACCACAACCACAGCAGCAGCAACAGAGUGUGGAAAGGGAGAGGGAGAGCGCCAAGCGGCACCGGGAGACGUCUCCCAGUCCGCUUGUGUGCAUUCGCAUCCCCUCAGCCACCGUCACUGGGUUGGAAUUGGGGAAUUUCCCGCCGGAAGUGAGCGCGGAGGCGGUUUUCCGGUGCGCGAGAGUGAGCGCAAUGGACGACGCGGAGGAGCAAUUCGCGUACCAGACCGCCGUCAACAUCUCCGGCCAUGUCUUCAAGGGAAUUCUAUACGAUCAAGGCGGAGAAAGCCAGUACAUCGCCGGAGAGACCUCUUCCGACGCUUCCGCAGCUCAUCAACACCUCAAUUUGAUCAAUGUUUCUUCCGCCACCGCAACGUCGGCCACAAUCACCACCUCCUCCGCUGCAGCAGCUCCUUUUCUCGAUCCUUCUUUAUUUCCGCCUCAAGUUAACAACAGCUUCAUCGCCGGUACGCAAUUCUUCCCACGACCCCCAAGAAAUUGAGAGAUUUCCACCACAUUUAUCCUCUCUCUCUCUCUUUCUCUCUUUCUCAUAGUGUGUUUGUUGAAAGGGGAAAUUAUUGUACUAGAGAGACAAAAAGAAGCAGGAAACGAGGGGAUUGUGUUUGAUUUUUAGUUCGCAUUUCGAUGCACAUCUUCAAAUUCUAUCUAUCUUCUUCUUCCAUUUCAAUUUACCAUAAAAAAAAUGUUUCUAUUUUUCGCUCUAAA